CCCUGCAGUGUGUUCAGAGGUACACUGCGCGACGUUCCCACCUCCUGCGCAGCCAUUGCAUACAUAGCUCCGUCCCUGCAUUGCGUGCGCUACACAACGACCACGCUCGCGCGUCCCAGCACGCUCUCCGCCGGCCGCCCCUCCUCAUACCCAUUGGCUUCGACCGCAGAAGUCGCCCAUUGAGGCUGCCCACGCCAAUUCAACAUGCCUUUCUUCAAGAACGUCUUCAAAUCGAAAGACCCCUCCAGGUCAGGGUCAAAAGCAGACGCCAGCAGCGAGCCCGCUGCACCACGGCCGCGAUGGGAAGAUUCAUGGUCCCGCAAGGAUGUCGCCCCAGAAGAGGUCCAAGAGCUCGUCCACGUUUGCACACAAGAGAUGAAGUCGAGGGCUGUCGACAUGCCAUUCAUGCUCCUCCCUUUCCGCCCCACCUCGGACACAAGCGCUUCCCGCAAUUUCGUGCGCAACUUCUUCAAAGCAGCAUAUGAAGGGACACGGCAAUAUCGUGGGGAGAGCCUGGCGCAAGAGCUGCGCCUAGCCGAGCCAUUGACACUAUGUAGUAUCAUGAAAUGGUGCUGGAGUCGGCUGCCAGGUGGUGUUGUGACCUGGGAUGCUUAUGAGCUUUUUCGCAUUGGCGAGUCUGAUUCUAAUUUCGCAAGACACGCCUUCGAUACGUUCAUACCCCUCAGCGUCGACUCAGACGCACGCAAGCGCCUAAUCUUUGAUUUCUUUGACCUCUUGUCUGCAGUCGCAGCAAGAGGCAAGACCAAUGGCAUGGGUGGCAGGAAGCUGUCGCGCAUGGCAGGUUGGUGGGCUUUUGAAUUCCACGAUGAUGGAAACGGCUUCGACGGAGGGUACCGUACGUGGGAGAAGGCAGCAGAUGCUGCGAGCCAUCUCUUCUUCGCGUACCUACGAUCACUCUCCCCCGAUGCGAAUACAAUAGGCGGCAUUUCCAACCUUCCUCGUUCUCUUCAGUCGCUGCUUUCCCAGACCGAAUACCCGCCACAAGCGCCUACACUUAUGCAAUCUCGUACAACAAAGGUAGUCAUGAUCGUGGACUCUGUUUCACCGACGCCGUUCUCGUUAUUGCGUCGCGCAAAGAACUUCGAAUACCGGGACGAUGAUGCAGCAUUGCAGCAGUUUUCGGCUUACGAGGAUACUGUGAAGGCACUAACUGAUGAGUGCCGCAGAGUGCUAGAGUGCAUUGCGUCGGUAAAUCAGUCUGUCACGUCACCGGACGCUACAACUCCAGAUCCGUCCUGGUCACGAUUCGAGGACUUCGGUUUCUCUGGGCUCUUGGAAGAUUCUGCCAGCAGCACCAACGGAGCAUCGGCAGUGGGAAGUCCGCAUGAAUUCUCUGGCCUUCGAAAUGGAGCUCGCUCCAAAGAGACUGACUUUGGCCGUCCUACCACUCCGUCUUGGGCCGACUUCCUCUCUUCUGGAUUCGCCGACGAGAACAACCAGACUUCCCCAACUACUUUGUUGCUUCCAACACAGAAGCUUCCUCCGCUUGGUGAGCCAGCCCGUUUACAUAGCUCACAGUCACACGUCCGCAACGGGCAUGGCUCAGAAGAAGACCUUGAGCCUGGUGAACUCGCAAGCAUCACUGCAUUUGAUUUAGACGAGACGUUCUGGUGGGUGUGGAUGACGAGUCUUGCAAAUGAAGAAACUCCCGACCGAAAGGCAGCCUUUGGCAGAUGCACGAUAAUUGAGACACGGAUUCCAGGCGGAAAGUGGCUAGUUAUGGAAGAGCAGGUCAAGGGCGCCGCUGCGGGACCCGAAGAGGGCGCGUACAUCGCAGAAAAGAAGUCGAAGUUCAGCUUCACCAAGCGCGGACGUUUGGGACGAAGAAAGUCUACCGGCAAGAAGACCGCGCCUGUUGCGAAGGAUCCUUACAACCGAACAACUUCAAACACACCGUCAAGCACUAUCGGUGCAGACCAGCAUGCACGAAUCCAGGCUGCAGCUGCCAAACUGGCACAAAAGGAACGAGACCAGAAGGCAGCGGAACAAUAUGGCCAGCGCCGGGCCAGAAUGGACGAGGCAUCCUCCAUCAAGACGAACAGUGUGCUGACUUUACAGCCGCAUCUAUUGAGCGAAGCUGGGCCCGCUAUGAAAUGGGACAAGAGGUUUGGAGAGGGUGCGAAAGACAAGGAGGCUAUGCGUGCGCAGUACCUUGGUGACAUCAACGCUGGAAAGGGCUCAAGAAACGAUCUCAGGACCACAGCCAAUGGGCGCUCAUCACCACUACCUCCCGAGAUCUCGAAUCGCGACCUGCCUGCGCUGCCCAAGUCUCAGACGGACCUACCUGCAUCGAAGUCACAAGUAUGGGAGCCUUCUACAGCCAACUCUAGCCAAGACGUCACCAUCACCCCAGUCCCGUGGCCUGAGGAUUCACCCCUUCCCACUCCUCACCUCGAACCGGAGGAGAAGCCCCUGCCCGCUUCGGAUAACGUUGACCGGCAUCCUGCUUUGAAGGCGCCAGUCUCUGAGCGUAAGGCAAUCACACCAGUAUCUUCCAAUGUUCGCGCUAGUGAAGAGCAGACCAGACAACCCGAACCGAGGAAGCUGGAAAAGAAGAAGAAGGAAGGUGGCGGCGGUUUCAGGAAGCUCUUUGGCCGGAAGAAGACCGAUACAUCCGCUCCAGCUGGUGUCAACCAGCAGAGGCCGUCUGAAGACGACUCACGGUUUCGGGCGCUCGACGCUGCUCGAAGCACAUCUCGAGUCUCAUAUCACGGCCAGCAAUACCGAGAGCCAUCGCCAGCAAUCAGCGUUGAGCAGGCUGCGCCUGCUGGGACACAUUCUCCGGCUCUCGAGCCUAGCCCCAUACCUUUCGAGCAAGUACAGCCUGCAGCAGAACAGCUCAGUCCACCACUGGCUCCAGGUAGCGCUGCGCAUGAGCAACGCGAAGCAGAUCACGCCUUUUCGAGAUUCGACCAAGGCCCCAUGGAGGACAUGCCAGCCUUUGUGCCUGAGGAGAGCGAUGAGGAAGAUCAUGCCGCUCCGCCUGUAGUCCACCGUCGCCCAGUGGACCAUGACUCAAGGAUACAUCGACCUGUCACACCGCCUCAGCAGCAGACCGCAUACUCAAGGGAUGACAUCUCAGAAGACUCAGUUGAGGUCGGCAGACAAGCCUCGCCCUCGCAAGAUAGGUGGGCGCAGAUUAGGAAGAACGCAGCUGAGCGCGCAGCACGACUCAGCGAAGAGCAGACUCGUCGCAGCCGUAGCCAGAGCCAGAGUCAGCGUACCGACGAAGGGGAGACCAGUGGUGAGGAGACGAUCGAGAGCCGUGUUGCUCGCAUCAAAGCUCGCGUCGCCGAGUUGACGGGCAACGUCGAUGGAACGCCAGUCAGACCUGGUGGUGCCAUGCGGUAG